AUAUCAUCAUUUCUAUAAAUACGUAGGUAUUAAUUAUUGAAAGGAUAUUGAAUCCGUAAUUAAUCUCUCAUUUAAUUCCCAUAUCUCUCUUGCUAUAUAAUAAGAUGACUUCUUCCUAUCUUCCUCACACUUAAACGACCUCUUAAAUUUCUAAAAGUUCUUUUUAAUCGUUUGAGAUGGCUACUGGUAACAUGACUCUCGAAAAGAAGAUCAAAGCUGACGUGACAAUGAAUGCCAAUGUUGGCAAAAGAGCUUACGUCACUUUCCUCGCUGGCAACAAAGACUACUGGAUGGGUGUGGUCGGUCUAGCCAAAGGACUUCGUAAGGUGAAGUCAGCUUAUCCUCUUGUGGUGGCCUGUCUCCCGGAUGUGCCUGAGGAACACCGUCAAAUUUUGGUGGCUCAAGGAUGCAUAAUCCGUGAGAUUGUACCGGUCGUUCCUCCAGAGAACAAAACCGGUUAUUCCAUGGCUUAUUUUGUUCUCAACUAUUCCAAACUUCGUAUUUGGGAGUUUGUGGAAUAUGAGAAGGUGAUGUAUUUGGAUGGAGAUAUUCAAGUGUUUGGUAACAUCGAUCAUCUUUUCGACACUCCUUCCGGUUACUUGUACGCGGUUAAAGAUUGCUUUUGCGAAAUAUCAUGGUGCAAUACUACUCAGUACAAGAUCGGUUACUGCCAACAAUCACCUGAAAAGGUGACAUGGCCGGUGGAAACUCUCGGUUCUCCGCCGCCUGCCUAUUUCAACGCUGGUAUGUUACUGUUUGAGCCAAAUCUUGUCGUGUACGAGGAUCUCCUUCGUGUUGUUCAGAUCACUACUCCAACGUAUUUUGCUGAACAGGAUUUUCUGAAUAUCUAUUUCAGAGACACCUACAAGCCAAUUCCUUCCACCUACAACCUUGUAUUGGCUAUGUUAUGGCGUCACCCGGAACAUGUUGACCUUAACCAAAUCCGCGUGGUCCAUUACUGUGCAAAUGGCUCAAAGCCAUGGAAAUAUGAUGAAACCGAAGAGCACAUGGAGCGUGAAGACAUAAGAAUGCGGAAGAAAUGGUGGGAGAUUUAUGAAGAUCCAAGUUUGGACUACAAGAACUUUAUGGAAACUGAGUCUAAGUUGAAUCCGAUCACUACUGCAGUCUUAGCUACCAAGGAGUCUGAUGAUGGUGAUGUUCUCACGAGCCUUGCCCCCUCAGCAGCAUAGCCAAUCUUUUAGUCCAAGCUAUACUAUAUUACUAUGCAACCUUUUUUCUGUUUCUGUUUUUGGUUUUAAGAAAGGUUUAGCUAUAUAUAUAAUUUUAUCAUAAUUAUAUAUAUAGCGACCUCGUUUGAGCUUUAUGUUUGUGAGAUUAGAGGUGGUUGGUCUUGUGUUUUGGUUUGCGUUUUGUGUCAAUGCCGACCUUGAUCAACCAUGCAUGCCUUUGUAUCUCUUUUGUUUUAUCAUUAAUCAAUAAUAAAAACUUUCUUUUGGCUUUCA